AUGCCAACAAAAAUUCAGCAUAACUCUUGUCCCGAAUGUUAUCAGGGUCUAAAAAAUAAUAGUCAUUAUUGCCAACAUUGUCAAGCGCGUCAUUUUGUGGAGAAUGCAGAUAACUGGACAACUGGUGAUAAGACUAUCGAUGCAUUUAUUCUUCAGACGCAAAAAGAUGCCAAAGAAUGUACCGAGUAUCUAGAGUAUAUAGAUUUUGAUGGAAUGAUUGGUAUAGCGAAGUAUGAUAUAUCUGAGUUAGGUGAAGUGUUUAUCGGAAAUUGGAAGAGAGGUCCCGCUGAUGUAUGGGAUGAAGAUGCAGAAAAAUUCGUAUGUAAAAGAGAAUUAAUAAGGGUAGCAUUGAUUUCACUGACGACAGAUCCACACGAGUUUCUUAAAGAGUUACAAGUUCAUUAUCGUGCAAGAAAGAAUAAUGGUAUGAUGAUGAGACUGUUUGGAGUAACGCGUGAACAAAUUACUGGGAGAUUUAUGAUGGUGGCAGAAACAAACGAAUGGGAUUUACGGCAUUACGUAUCGCAUCACUUUGUACGUUUAACUUGGAAUCAAAAACUUGCCAUCCUUCAUACACUUGCAUCAGGAUUAAUCAACCACCAUCAACAAAACAACACGGAUAGCAGCGACUACAAUAUCAGCAAUAACGAAUUCGGAAAUAAUAAUGUUAUAAAAUCACAUUUAGAAUUACGUGUGAACGAACUUGGUCUCGGUGAUUGUAAAGACUUGAUGCCGAUAAUUGGUUAUUAUAGAAACGACUUACUUCCAUUGUUUGCCCCAGAAAUUUUAUUAUACGGAGCAACUCACACAAAGGAAUCAGAAGUGUACACAUUUGGUAUGCUUAUGUGGGAGUUUGUAGUAAAUCGUCCGCCGUUCUACGACAUACCGCGUGAUUCGGAGUUUGUUAAACAACUCUCAACAGGAUUGUUGAAUCCAAAAAUACCAUCUUGCGCACCAAUCUGUUACACCAAACUAAUGCAACAAUGUUGGGAACGGGAUCCUAGACUGCGUCCCACAAUGCAAAAUAUUGCACAAACACUGAGUAAAUGGCGGUUCCAGAAUUUCGAAAAAGAAGAGUUUGAAAAAGCAGAAAGACACCGAAUUCGUGAGCUGCAAGCACGCGGUCAAAAUCCCUUUGGUGCAAUGUUGAAUCCUACAAAAACACAUCCGCAGGCAAUAUAUGCAUGCAGGCAUAUAAAAUUACCAAGUUUUUCAUCUACCGCAUCAAUAAAUCGCCAUCGACCGCUAUUCGAUAGUACGCCCGAUUCGGGCCGAAAACCGGCCGAGGUUACGGUAAAAGACGAGAGUUUCUUUGUUUCAAAGUCCAUUCUGCAAUUUCGUGAAAAAUUUCCUGAAGUUGAACUGGAACCCGAAGACGAAGAUUUAAACAGACAAUACAAUGAUCUAUCAUUGGAAUUUCCUCCUCAAAUUUCUGUAAACUAA